AUGCCGUCCUUCUUCGCCCCAGGCCACCAUGGCCUGCCUACACCUCCCCAUGUCAACGGUGGUCGUAUGGAAGACCCAUCUUUCUACCCGGUUGGUCACGCAGGAUUCCCUCCACGUUACCACCAAAGUGGCAAUGAGUUCAUCGAACAAUACUCGCAGUCUCUUUGCUACGCCAAGCCGACUUCGAUGAAUCUCCACCCCCAGGCCGUCCACCCGAUGAGCUCUGGUCGCGACAUACAUGCGAUGAACCAGCAUAUGUUUAACCCCAUGGCCGCCACUGCGUUGCCUUCGAUGCGCAGCAACGUUCAACUUCCACCCAUGGAUACAACGAUCCCACACCAGUACCGCCGCCAGGACCCUGCUCCGAUACAGCAGCCCGAACAACCCCGCAAGGAGGAAAAAGCUACUGGAGGUGUCGCAGCUCACCUGGAUUACGAGAUGGAUCGCAUGUCCGACUUUGUUGCUGAGAUGGCUCAGGGAAUGUAUGAUUUGUUCGAGACCAACAUCACCCUUGCAGAUAUUGACCUCGCGCGAAGCAUUCACCCAGGAUCUCCGGUUCCCCCACAGUUUCGGAAAUACGUCUUCCAGAUUUUGUCCUCGACUCGCCUUCCAAGUUCCACCAUUCUGCUCGGUCUCUUCUACCUGGCCAGUCGCAUGCGCGUGCUGUCGGCCCAACGGUCUGCCAAGGCAAGUGGUGGCCAGGUCCACCGCAUGUUGACUGUUUCUCUACUGUUAGGCAGCAAGUUCCUUGAUGACAACACCUUCCAGAACAAAUCCUGGGCUGAGGUUAGCAGUAUCCCCGUCGCUGAGUUGAACCACAUGGAACUGGAAUGGCUGUUCGCGUUCGACUGGAAGAUCCACGACCGUAUCUAUGACAAGCAGGAUGGUUUCGCUUCAUGGCGUGCGCACUGGGACACUUGGCGUGCCAAGGCUACUGUCAAGGCUCAGGAGUCUCGCCAGACUCUGGCGCCUCUUGAAACCAACGUGGUCCGCAGCCAGGCCGUUUCCAAGCCCCUGAUGUCCCCCGAAGAUGGCCCCAUCCCGCCGCAGUACCAGCGCAACUCACAAAUCGAGAACUCCUGGCUCAACCCGACCGCUUCCGAAUACUCGCCUCCAUCUACCCUCUCCAGCAGCCCCAACACCCCCGGCUACUAUUCAGUUGGUCCUUGGGGCUACGCCAACCAGCUUCCUCCCCCACCGUACUCGCGGGGUUGGAAUGCACCACCACAGUACAUGGCUCACCCAGCACCCCGAUCCCAACCUCCAUCCUACCACCACACCCCGGCGUACGGUCUGCCCUUCGCACAGAGUCUCUGGACCGGUCAUGGUUCGUCGUGUAGCUGCAACUACUGUGCAAAGCAUCUUGAGCACUACAUGUGCAACAAUGCAUUCCCCUCCAUGCAUCAGCCGAUGAUCGCAACCUAG